AUGAGUGACCCAGCAAAGAAGAUUAAGCGACUUGCUCUUCAAGGGCUAGCGGAGGAUAACAAAGGGACAAGGGAAAUAAACUCUUCCAUGAUAAUUGAACUACAAGCACGGUAUGUUGAAGAGUUAUCCAGGAACCUUCCUGGAGUUGAUGUCGUAUUUUACCCCAACAAUUGUGGAGGGCAACAGAAGGACAAAUACAUGAUUGCAACGUACUUGUGUGCAGCACAAAGGCUGGAUUCUGGUCACACCCAGAACGAGGGAGACGGAGUUCACAGCAUCACUGAGAGAGCAGUUAAGAGUGCUAAGAAGUCAGAGACAAUUUAUGUAUCCCAUCAGUACAUAUCAGUCAUCAGAAAUGCAAAAGAGAAUGGGAGUACGCUACAUCUCAGAGAAAUGGGUUUUUCAGAGUUCAAUGACAUGAAAGCAGAACAGGUCCAGGAGGGGAAAGAGGCUGCAGCUGUGGACCUGGGCGCCCUGCUGGACGCUGGAGGCAGCGCCGUGGUGACUCUGGUGACGGGCGACACCCGUCUGGCAGCGCACAGGGCCGUCCUGGCCGCCAGGAGUCCCGUGUUCGCCGCUGUUUUCAGCCACGGCACGCUGGAGGCCACAGUACCAGACGUGGGGGGCCAGUUGCUGCGCCACCUCGUGGCCUACAUGUAUACCCUGCAGGCCCCGCAGCUGGCCAGAAUGUCCCCCCAGCUGCUGGUCGCGGCUGAUAAGUACGGCUUGUCAGGCCUGAAGGCACAGUGCGAGCAGCAGCUGGCUGCACAGCUGUCUGUUGAGACUGCGGUGGCCACAGCUGUGCUCGCUAUUCGGAACUCCUGA